UGCCCUUUGAAUGGGCUGCCUCAGGGCUGCUGGAGGUGCAGGCAGGAAAAAAUCCAACUGGAACUAAAUGAAGAGAGGUGGCAGUUUAAGAUGGCUGUCAGCGUCGAGGUGUGUUAAGGAGUUGUUUGGGAUGAAAGCUUGGCUUGUAGAGUUCGGGGGAGAUACUUUUUGGGAAAACUUUUACUCCACCCCCCUUUUUUCCCCUAGAGGCAACUGCUUUCUUCUGCUGCAGGGUGUGUAAGCGUUUUUUGUUGGUUUCUUUUUCCCUCCCCCUCCCCCCUCAUUCAGCUCUAUCUGUCGAGUGUGGAGAAAACCCCUCUAGCCAGUAUGUGAGCAGGAGGGUCAAAGGCAAAGGGAAAGUUAAUAAUGCCUGCUAAUGGUACUAACAAUUCAGGAUGAAUCUUGUCAAAAGUUUUUCUGGAAGUGUGGGUCUUUGAUUGUGUGUUUCCUGAAAGCAAGACCAAUCAUUUCCGUUUAUUCACUGGCUAAACCCCUACUUGAUUGGGGACAAGGACAGAAACCAUCCAUUACGAUCUGAUAUAUUAUCCAAACAAUUUAGUGUAUUCAUGAGGUAACCGAAACGUGGGGGCUGCGAAAUUACCCGUAAUCAAUUGCAACAGCGAGUGUACGUCCCCGCGGGUGUCGGACAACUACAACUCGCCGUGUUAGUAACAGGCGGGAGCCGCAGCAUUUCGGAGUUGCUCCGCUUGCUACCUGAUCGCCAGGCUGGGGACACUGGACGUGCUCAGAGAACGCGGACGCUGACGAGGCGGCCUCGCCGCUGCUCCAUCGGGAUCCUGGAUCAGACCCGCCGUCUCUCCGAGAGCGCGCCACUCUCCGGUCGCCGCUGACCCGCCCGCGGUCGCCGCAGCCGCCCCGCGGGGACAUUCAUUCUUGCCGCUUGCCUCUCUCUGGGCAGGGCUCAGGAGCUCCAUUGUAGGGUUUUGUCCUCGCAGUGCCUCUUUUUUGUUUUUCUUUUUUGUUUUUUUCUUUUUCUUUUCUUUUUCUUUUCUCUCUCUCUCUCUCUCUUUUUUUAUCCUAUGUUCGGGAAACCAGACAAAAUGGACGUUCGGUGCCACUCGGACGCAGAGGCUGCCCGGGUCUCGAAGAACGCGCACAAGGAGAGCCGGGAGAGCAAGGGUGCGGAGGGGAACCUCCCUGCCGCCUUCCUCAAGGAGCCGCAGGGCGCCUUCUCCGCGUCGGGUGCCACGGAAGAUUGUAACAAAAGUAAAUCCAAUUCGGCCGCCGACCCGGAUUAUUGCCGCCGGAUCCUGGUCCGAGAUGCCAAGGGUUCCAUCCGAGAGAUCAUCCUGCCCAAGGGCCUGGACCUGGACCGGCCCAAGAGGACGCGCACGUCCUUCACCGCGGAGCAGCUCUACCGGCUGGAGAUGGAGUUCCAGCGCUGCCAGUACGUGGUGGGCCGAGAGAGGACCGAGCUCGCCCGGCAGCUAAACCUCUCGGAGACCCAGGUGAAAGUCUGGUUCCAGAACCGGCGCACGAAGCAGAAGAAGGACCAGGGCAAGGACUCGGAGCUGCGCUCGGUGGUGUCGGAGACGGCGGCCACGUGCAGCGUGCUGCGGCUGUUGGAGCAGGGCCGCCUGCUGUCGCCGCCCGGCCUGCCCGCGCUGCUGCCGCCGUGCGCCACCGGCGCGCUCGGCUCCGCGCUACGCGGGCCCAGC